AUGAGCGAGCUAUUGAUGAAGAAAUUGAGACAACAAUCAACUCAAACUGAAUCCCACUGUGACAUUUACGCUCAAAAAUCUCCACGUACUUUGUGCGGGAUAACAUUUGAGAAAUGGCUGAAAUAUAGUAUUGCGCUUCUUGUGCCACUCACCAUUGGUAUAUUGACAACUGUCAUUACUGUGCAACAAAAUUAUGCUAGCGAACAUAAUCGUCUCAAUGAUCUUGCAAUUGCCAAUAAACAACGAGAGCAAGAUGCAAACAUUUCAGCACAAGAACGUCAGCAAGCAGACGAAUUAAAAAUGGAUACGUUAUUAGCGUCAUACAUAAGAGAGAUUGGCGAAUUGUUUCUGCUGGAAUAUCAAAACUUUGCCGAUGAAUAUAAAUAUGGUCGAUUAUUAUUUGCACGAGCAAAAACACUAUUGAUAUUAAGACAAGUAGAUGUUAAACGACGACAGUAUGUCAUACAGUUUUUAUAUGAGACUGGUUUGUUUAGUAAUCGAAAUGAUACGAUCGAUUUAAAGAAUGCUAAUUUAUCGGGAAUCAGUUUUUCAAAAUUUAAUUACGAUUGGACUGAUGUACGUUUGACAUACGUAUGUUUGACGGAUUCAUCAUUUGAGGGUAUCAAUUUGACAGGAGUGAAUUUCACCGGUUCAAUACUCACGAAUGCUAAUUUUCGUGACACUAUCCUGAAACGAUCAGUGUUUAUGAAUACUAUUUUAACAAAAACUGAUUUUACUCGAUCCAAAUUGAUAAAUAUAACAUUUACAAAUGCCGAUUUUACAGAUGCAAUUUUCAUUGAAACUCAUGUUACUACAUGUAGUUUCGCUCGGUCUACAUUUGUUCGUGCCGACUUAUCGUUUAUGAAGCUUGCUUAUUUAAACCUUUUUGAAGAGACUACUAGUAUAAGAAAUACAAAUUUUACAAAAGCAAAAUUGAUUCAAGCUGAUCUUUUAAAUGCGGAUUUUCGCGAUUCUACAUUAAUCGGUACCGAUUUACAAGCAUCAAAAUUGCAGCGUACAAAUUUUAUCGGUAGUGAUUUAAGUGAAGCUAAUUUAUUUGGUGUAAAAGAAGUUUAUGGAGCCAUAUUCGACAAUGUCAAUUUGACUAAUGCUAUUCUUCCUGCCGUUCAAAUGUUGUUGACUAAUGCUAUUUUACCAAAUGGCAGUUAUGUAUAUAAAAGUUUUGACUUUGGCAUGACGGAUAUGUUCAACAGUAGUAAUAUAAUUUUGAAUGGUGAUGCUGAAUGGGAUCGAUGUAUAAAUGAUACAGAAAUAAUAACCAAAAAAUUGCCAUCAAAAUGGUUGAAAUCGUAUUCUGCGCUUACGGUUUAUCAGUUUCCAUCUGUGAUACAAUGUUCAAAAAUAAUAUCAACACAUGAUGGUUGUUGUUUUUGGGGAGGAAAGUCAGAUCGUUUGAGACUAUCAGCUAAUCAGCUUGUUUCUACCAGUAAUUAUUCACGAUUGAUUGAUUCUCAUCGUGCUAGAAUGCUAUUAUCGGCAUUGAUGGGCGGCGUAAAAAAUGAGAGUGACUAUAUAUAUAUUCAAUCAGAAUUUUAUGAUGGCCGUAGUGUGAACUUGGGUGAAUCAUUUUAUGUCGAAGAACCAUAUAAUAAACGUAUCAAUCGUACCGGUCUACUUUCCUUCAUCAGUAGCACACAAUUGAUACCGAGAUUCACACGACAAAUCCGUAUAUCAUUGUGGUUUCUUAAGAAGAGUGAUGGUCCUUAUUCUGGAGGUAUUGUAGAUGAUAUAGAACUGAUUAUUCUGCCUGUUAACAAUGUGACUGGUGAUCAACGAUUGUUGUAG